AUGAGCCUACUGCUCCGCCGGCCGAAGCCUGUAAAGGUAUGCUGCGCUCCUCUCCGCCGUCAAUGGAUCUCCAAGGACUGCCGCGCCUUUGUCGCCGGCGAUCUCGUGCUUCUCAGGCAAGCUCAGGAUCGCUCUGCGCCUCCAGUCCUAUCCCGUCCGUUGAAGCCAGGCAAACGCAUUGAAAGCCACAAGGGUGUGAUCCAACACGACGACAUCAUUGGAAAACGAGUCCGUGAUAUUGUUCAAGCCAAGACGACAAGAUCUGAACGACCGUCAGUCGACUAUCGAAUUCACGAUGUGACUCUUGAUGAAUAUGUCCGUCUGACUAAAAGACUCGUCACGCCCAUCUAUCCGGCCGAUGCGAAUCUUAUUGUGCAGCUGCUGGAUUUACAUCCAGACACCAGGUCUUCGGUUGAGAGCGGCGAGGAGACCGCGCCGCUUGAGAUUCUAGAAGCUGGGACUGGUCAUGGGUCAUUGACGCUGCAUUUGAGCCGCGCAAUACACGCUGCCAACGCUGGCGUUUCGCAAUCAGGGGGCAUAGCUGAAGGCGAUGCUCGACGUGCAAUUCUUCACACAAUCGAUGUGAAUGGGAAGUUCUCAGCGCAUGCAAAGGAUGUGGUGGAUGGGUUUAAGCAUGGCCUCUACUCAAACAACGUUGACUUUCACAUUGGGGAUGUCAGCGACUGGCUCAAGACUAAGUAUGCCACCCGUGGUCCAGAUCCAUUCUUAUCGCACGCGUUUCUCGACCUGCCCUCUGCAGACACACACCUCCAAACCGUGGCGGACGCUCUCAAAACAGACGGGACUUUGAUUGUGUUCAACCCUUCCAUUACUCAAAUCAACGAUUGCGCGAUCAAAAUCAAAGGAGAAAAGAUCCAGCUCGACCUAGAAAGGAUAGUAGAGCUGGGCGUCAAUGGGGGGUCGGGCGGACGGGAGWGGGAUGUGCGGUUCGUACGACCGCGAGCUUUACAAAAGACUGAAGCCGAAACGGUGGCCACUGCAAGUGAGGUAUCAAUAGAGCCUGACGAGAGUGAAGGCAACACUCCGCCGGUCUCUGACUCGGAGGUCGCAAAAGACAAACCAUGGUCCAUGGUCUGCCGCCCCAAGGUCGGGGAAAGGAUAACAGGCGGCGGAUUCCUCGGUGUAUUCAAGAAAACGCGCGACACAAAAGCCGGCGAAGUUGCCGCUGUCGAUUAA